AUGGGGUCGAGCGACGCGCGGACGGACGACGCGAACGGGCUCGAGAGUGGGAAGAGUGCGGUGGAGCGGCGCGCGGCGAUGGUGCACGCGGCGAAGGCGACGCUGCCGGGAGACGUGCGCGCGCCGCCGCCGGGGGCGGCGGUGCACAUGACGGAACGGCAGUUGUACGCGUUUCGACAGCAGAUCGCGGCGUACGCGCACAUCUGUCAGCAGUUGUUGCAGAUAACGACGGUGAGUGCGACGCAGCAGACGCCGAGACAGCGAGAGAUGCGGCACGAGGUUCCGGGGGCGACUGGGGCGAACUGGGGGGCGAGCGUUCCGGUGACGGCGCCGGCGUCCGCGCCGCUCUCGAGUUCGAAUCACUCGAGUGGGAAGACGCGAGGCGAGGAUAAGCAGGCGAGAGGACCGAGGUGGACGGGGACGCCGACGCAGUACGAGAUUUUGGAGGAUCUUUUCCAGAAGGGUGAGCAACCGCCGGUUCGGGACAGGCUGACCGAGCUCACGGAGAUGCUCAAGCAACACGGUCCGGUUCAAGAGUCCAACGUGUACAAUUGGUUCCAAAAUAGAAGGAGUCGCGAAAAGAAGUUACAAGCCAUGGCCAUGGGGCACUAG